AGACUUUGAUUCUCUCUCCAAGGAUGAUAUCUAUGAGAACAACCGCCUGGCUUUUGAGCUGGCAGAACGGGAGCUGGGCAUCCCAGCCCUGCUAGAUCCUCAUGACAUGGUCUCCAUGCCAGUCCCCGACUGCCUCAGCGUCAUGACCUACGUGUCUCAGUAUUACAACCACUUCAACAACCCCAGCCAAGCCAGAGUCCCUCCACCCAUGAAACGCCCAGCUGCUGCCUCCUCCCCUCCUCUGCUGUCCCACAAGAAGCCUGUGGCUGUGCCGUGGGAUGGGGAGCAGCUGGUGGGGCCCCCAUCCUGAGCUCCCCUGUGUGUUGUGUCUCAGGAUGUCCCCCCUGAGCUGGUGGAGCAGCCCCGGCACACCUGGCUCAGCAGCACCUGCACUGCUUGCCACCAGCACGUCCACCUGGUCCAGCGCUACCUGGCCGAGGGCAAGCUCUACCAUCGCCAGUGCUUCAGGUGUAAGGAGUGCUCCAGCACAUUGCUCCCGGGGUCCUACAAGCCUGGGUCAGAGGCAGGGACUUUUGUCUGCAUGCAGCAUCGUGGGAGAUUGCCCAUGAGCGGGAAGGCAGAGAGGAGACCCAGCCCAGACCGACAGCCACCGGAGCUCAGGACUGAAACUGGGGCUGGCAGCGUGGGGGAAGGUGCCCCCCUGGCAGGAGCAGAAGUGGGGAAGGAUGAUGGGGACUCCCUGGAGAGCGUGGCAGAGCCCAGGACACCUGCAGAGGUGCUGGCUGGCCCAGCAGAGAAGGACAGCACAGAAGAGCCAACGAUGGCCCCUGCUCACCCGGGCAGCAGGACGCCCACCUCCCAAACUCCCCCCAGGCCUCCCCUUCCCAGCAAGCCCACGGGGCUCACCCAGGACAAAGGCAGCUCCCUGGAUGGACGGCUCAGAGACACACGGCCCACCCCUGCCCCCAGGAAGGCCACCGAGGGGUCACCCUUGUCCCCUCCAAGCUCUCACCCCAUCCCCCGGCCCAGAUCCACCCUCCAGGGUGAGGGCAACGAGUGUGGACCCGGCGUGGUGAACGGGUACCUGAACCCAGCCCCCCUGUCCCAAAGCCCCGAGGGAGACCCUGCUCCUCUGAUCGGUAGGUCCUUCUGCUUGCAAAUCACCUGCAAAUCCCAGAGCAAGGUGGGGACGGCUCAGCUGAGUGCUGGAGCUGCUGUGAGAGCCAAGGACCCACCCUGGAUGGCCUUGGUGCAAGCAGAACCCAAGAAGAAGCCAGCUCCUCCUCCUCCUCCUCCUCCUCCCCCGGGCAGCAGCCAGGAGACACCCAGUAGGACUGCAGAGGAGGAAGAUGGGGAGGAGGUGGGGAAAACUAAGGUCGAGGAAAGCAGGUCAGAUGCCACAGAGCCCAAACCAUACAACCCCUUUGAGGAGGAGGACGAGGAGGAAGCAGAGAGUGCUGCCACCCAAAAGAGCACCCCUGAGCAGGAGCAGAGUGAGACUGCUGCCAAGCCUCUCCACCCCUGGUAUGGCAUCACCCCCACCAGCAGCCCAAAGACAAAGAAGAGGCCAGCUCCACGAGCCCCCAGUGCUUCCCCUCUAGCCCACCACCCCAUCUCCAGGCUGUCCCACUCUGAGCCAUCAUCCUCCACCCCAUCUCCAGCCCUCAGCCUGGAGAGCAUCAGCUCUGAGAGUUCAGCCAAGGCUCUGGGUGACGCCGAGGAGGCCUCGGUGCCCAAAAGCUCCUCCGAGCCCACCGUCCACACGCCCACGGCCACCAAGACCUCCAGCACUGACACCCCCCUGGCCAGUGUCUCCUCCAGCGACAGCCCUGCUGCCCCAGCCAGCCUCUCCACCAACUCCUCCUCCUCCUCCUCCAGCGAGCUGGCCAGCUUCAGUGGGGAGGCCCAGCCCAGCACCCUGCACCCCAGCAGGAGCGUCCCCGCCGGCAGCUUAAAGACCAGCCCCAGCCGACUGCCCCCCAAACCUCCUGCUGGGGCCAGCCCUACACCCAUCCUCUUGGCUUCAGAUGGGGGUGCUGGGAGCCCCAAGACUCCCUCCUCGCCCAAGCCACAGCUGAAGUCUUCCUGCAAAGAGAACCCCUUCAACCGGAAACCAUCACCUGCUGCCUCCCCCUCUGCAAAGAAACCUCCCAAGGGCUCCAAGCCAGUGCGUCCUCCUGCUCCAGGUCAUGGCUUCCCACUCAUCAAACGCAAGGUGCAGACAGAUCAGUACAUCCCUGAGGAAGAUAUCUAUGGGGAGAUGGAUGCCAUUGAGCAUCAGCUGGACCAGCUGGAGCACCGUGGGGUGGCCCUGGAGGAAAAACUUCGCAGUGCUGAGAAUGACAGCCCUGAGGACAGCCUGCUGGUGGACUGGUUCAAACUCAUCCACGAGAAGCACAUGCUGGUGCGCCACGAGUCGGAGCUCAUCUACAUCUUCAAGCAGCAGAACCUGGAGCAGCGGCAGUCAGACGUGGAGUACGAGCUGCGGUGCCUCCUCAACAAGCCAGAGAAGGAUUGGACCGAUGAGGACCGAGGCAGGGAGAAGGUGCUGAUGCAGGAGCUGGUGACCAUCAUUGAGCAGAGGAAUGCCAUCAUCAACUGUCUGGACGAGGACAGGCAGAGAGAAGAGGAGGAGGAUAAAAUGUUGGAAGCCAUGAUUAAAAGAAAAGAAUUCCACAAGGAGACGGAGACCGAGAGCAAGAAGAAAGGCAAAUUCAAGCCCAUGAAGGUGCUUAAGCUGCUGGGCAACAAGCACGACUCCAAAAGCAAGUCACCCAAGGAGAAAAGCUAGAGCAGGGGAACACCAGCAGUGGGAGGGACGUGCUGCCUGACUGCCCUGGUCUCCCCUCACCUGCCAGGAGCUUGUCUCCCAUUCCCCUCACCUCUCCCCUGGCUCCUUCCCCAGGCACCCGAGCUGCCUCUCCAGGGAGA